AAUCCUUUACAAAUAAUUUGCCGCCAAUUGUUUAAAAUGUUUUUAUUUUUAUUUUUUUAAAUUUGUAAAUGACUUUCAAAAGUUAUCGACAAUAAGGAUCUCUUUCUCUUAUAGUCUUCAGCAGACAACUAGUGAUCAAAACAAAAUGGUAAACACAAUGGCUCAGAGUGUGUCCGACGACUCUAAGAUGAAACUAAUGGAAAUCAAGUAUCAACUCUUGUACGACAUCUGCAAAAAACAAAUCAAAGAUCCGUCGUUUCAGAAGCUAUUCUCGUUGAUUGAACUAAAGUAUGAAAAUCCAGAUUUAUAUGAUGUCAUCAAAAAGUAUGAGACAAUGAGUACAGACAUCGAUGUCGAAUCAAUACAUCAUACCAUUUAUGAGACAAUCAAAGACAAAUGUAUCGAUUUGUUACAACUGAUCUCUGGUCAGGACAUCGAUCGACAAGCGUUGAGUGACAGCGAAAUCCAAUCAAUGUUGUCGUCAAAGUUGGAUGUCUUGAGCAAUGAGAUCAAUCAAAACCAUACUCUGGAGAAACAAUUGGAGAAAAACUAUGAAACCUAUCAAACCUUGGUCAGUGAAUAUAUGGAUAAUGUUAUGAAAUAUUAUCAAAAAUAUAAGAUACCAUUUAAGCUGAGUUAUGAUGAGAUUCAGUGUACUCUUCAUAUGAGUAAAGCACAGACACUGUGCGUCCGUAAGAGAUUGGCUGAAACAGAGGCUGUAGUCGAAAAGUAUGGUAACAUCGAAACGAUUAAGAAGUUAACCGACGAACGAAAGUCAUUGGAAUCGGAGAACCAUAGACUUGAAAGCGAACUCAUGAGGGCUGAAGGACUGUUGGCUGAAUAUGAAGGUCUCGAUAAAGGACUGCUCAAAGAGUAUAAACGUGUUAAGAGUGAUCUCGAGUGCAGAAUGUGGGCCAUCAAUGAACUGAAUAAGAGUUCUGGUUCUUCAUUAGAUGAAUGAAUUGAAUUGAAUUUUAUAAAUAUUUGCCACAAAUUAUUGUUCAUUUAAUGGUUUGGUUUAUAAACUGUAAAUAUUUUUCUGUAUUUAAUAUUGAUUUUGUUUAACACAUA